CAAACAAUAAACAAACAUCAAACAUCAGGCGUAACCACAGCAGCAGGCACUCGGUUUUCAGUUAUAUUUCGACAUCGCCUCGCACCGGCUCUCCAUCGUUCCCACACACACUAACCAAACAUCCUCCGAAAAAUUAGCAGCUUCAUCACCAGCUACCUCAGUGAUAUCCUCCGGAGCAGCGGCAGGAUCUUAGAUGGUAUCGCCGCGCAAGCCGGCAUCGUCCUACGGUCCAAGAGCACCCCGCUUGGAAGCGAACAAUCUGAUGGCAGCGUCGGCAAAGAGCUGUGAGAGCCUGUUCUCGGCCAGCUCCCGGGAAUCGGCCAGUUUGAUCUACCAGCGAAGCAAACCGCAACAACGUGGCGGAAUGAAGGGCAGCAGCCAGCCGGCGAUGUCGUCCCACAACCACAGCGAGAUCCACCAGCGGGUCGAGUCCGCCAGGAAGCUGCGCGCCAAGACCUUCCAGAACCAACUGGCCGAUGCCCAUGCGGAGAUCGCCAAUCUGGCGCACGAGAACCGCAUGCUGCGCACCCUCCACAAGCGUCACACCACGGCGCUGAACAAGUACGAGUCCAACAACGCGGAGCUGCCGCAGUUGCUCCACUCGCACGCCGAGGAGCUGCGCGUUUGGCAGACCAAGUACCGCAAUCUGCAGGCCGUCAACAAGGAUCUGGAGCUCAAGCUCAAGCAGAAGGAGGCCAUCAUCCUGUCGCUGAGCGAUCAGAACAAGCACUACAGCCAGCUCAACAAGGAUAAGAACCUCGACGAACGUCAGAAGCUUCAGGAGAAGCUAAAGUCACUAGAGCAGCGUCUGGAGGACAAGGACAACGACAUGAAGCUGAUGGCCCGCAAGGUGCAGCUGGAGUCCAAGAACUUCCGCCAGCAGUUGCUCAACGAGCAGAAGAAGGGCAAGGAGGUGAUGCUGAAGCUGGAGAAGGCCAAGCUCGAGAUCAGUGGCUAUCGGAAGCUGGAGGAGUACACUCUCGGCACCGACAAGGUGAACCCCAUGUCCGCUGGCCGACGCACCAAGCUGAGCGGCGUGGCCGAGGAGCCGGACAAGAUCGACAAGCUGGAGAAGUCGCUGGAGAUGCUGGACAAAGCGAUCGAGAAGAACAGCCAGAGCGAGUUCAACGCCCUGACCGAUGUGCUGGAGUCGGAUUCGUUCUACGACUUCGAGAAGGACAGUGCGGAGGACAAGAGUGGGCCGAAUACUCCGCCCAGUCAAGUGGAGCGACAGGCGGGUGGGCGUGGCGGUAAGCUCGUCCUGCCGCCGGCCACCAACAAGGCCAAGAUGGAGAUGAAGAACCCCAGUCGUUCCGCUCUGUGCCAGGUGCUCUCGGCCCAGGGAAAGAUACCAGUGUCCUCGGUCAGAGCUGGUCGAUCCCGCCUGGGCAGUGGAGCUCUCAAAACGGAGAGUGUUCAGGCCAGCAAGCGUCGUGAUCCGGAGAACCUGUCCAAAAUGGCACCCGCCGAGGCCAAGAAGAAACAGCAAUCGCUGAAAUCGCUGGAGUACGAGUACGAGGAUGACUAUGAGCCGGCUGGCGACGACGACCAUGAUGAGCAGGAUGCCUACGGCCUGAUGAAUAAGAUGUGUGAGGAUGGCGACGAGCCGGAGGAGGACAGCGAGGAGAAUGCCAACGAAGCCAGUCUGGUGAAAUACGCCGCCUAUCUGGACGCCAAAAGCAGCGAGGGCGAUCUGCUGGAGGAGUCGCUGGAGGAGGACGAGGCAACGGAUGGUCAGCACACGGAGCGCAGCGACGAGGAGUCGCAGGACAACGGAGUGCGUGCGCCGCGUCUCAAGGAGAACAUGUCCAGCCUGCGGAAGCAGAUCUCGGAUGACUACAAGGAGCGCGAGAGCUUCCUGAAGACGUUCUGCCGGCAGGCGAGCAACAGCAACAUGCGCGACGAUCCGGCACCCAAGAAGCGGAACAGCAUCGCCGGCGGAGCGGCGGCCAGCAGCCACAUGUCCGGCAGCCGCAAGCACGCCCUCUUGGCCGCCCUGAAGACGAUCGACGACAACAACAAGAGCCAGGACUAGGCUACAUUACACCACGUUAGUUCCACCCAUGUCCAGUUCAAGUUAGUCCCUAAGCGGUGUUGAGUUACAUAUAUAUAUAUAAAUAUAUUUUUCAAGCUGAGACCGGUGCUUCCGGCGCAGCUGGAGCAGCUGCAUCGGUCGCUGGCCAACAGCAAUGGGAUCCAGCGGUCGAUGCAGUUGCUCCAGCGCCGGCAGCCCGGACGUUGAGUAAAUUGUAAUAAAAAUGUAA